AGCAGGAUAACACGGGAUAUCGACACAUAAUUAACUUAAUCCUACUCCCAUGUAGGCUAAGUGACAGUGCCAGUAAUUCGCAAACCCAUGAAUGAAUAAUCCACCUUUUAGUUCACCUCCUCUCCCCGCCCUCUGUCCCGAUAAAUUCCACAAGCCUGCCAUCAGUUUCCAAAAGGAAGAGGAGGAGUGACUAACUGUAACUAAGUAACGUUAGAUGUAAAAGUUUAGACGUGAAAGUGCAGGAGGUAUGCUGAUGUCUAAUGAAUGGACUCGUUCUGUUUCAGCAAGAGGACGGAAGAACACGAUUCUUUGCAGAAUAUGAGACAAAAGUUAAAGUAAACUGGUCAGGACCAACUUGCAUCUUGUUUGAGCCUGUUGAUGUGAAAUUCCUUUAAUCGGUGUCGAUGGCCGGGAUGCGAACGAGAAGCGGUAGGACGUUUUCGGGACCGUCCCGGACAACGUUAGCGAGGGUCGACGCUAUUGCCCUGGAACUGCACCAUGAAUGCACCCUUUUACUUGGACUCUAUAGGACAAAGGAGAGCUUCUCACCAGAGCUUACAGUGGGCAAUGGCCGCCCGAUGUUGUCCAUGCCACCGCCCUCGUCCCAGCUCUCAACCAGAGACAAGCUGUGGCGCCUCUACUCUGCCCUCCUACAGUGCCGAGGACUCCUGGUGCGUGCCGUUACCCAGGAGGAGGAGGAGUUUGGCGGUGGGGAGGGGGGCGAGUAUGAGAGCCAGAGGAAGACAGUGAGAGACCGCCUGGGUCACCUGUUAGACAGCAUGCGCCGUCUUCUGGAGGAGGUGGAGGGCGCGCCAGCCAUAACCGCCAACACUGAGAGCAUCGAGAUCGAUGGGCCGACCAGCGGCGGUGCGUUUGAGCUAAAACUCUGGAUCUACCGCAUCUUCAGCGAGGUGGAGCACUGGAGCAGAAUGACCACAGCCACCUUACGCAGCAUCCCUUUGGUCAUGUCUACGGCAGGAGGGAGAAGAGCUGGGAAAAGAAUGAGGCGGGGAAAACCAAAAUGAGACAGAGGGAGAAGUGGGGUGAACAAGCACAUAGAAGAGGUCAGAGAGAGUCGUAGGAUGGGAGGGAGGAGUUAUGAGAGAGGGAAGAAGGUGGAGGAGAUAGGAAAAGUUAGACAUAGAGAAAAAGAGAGUGAAAGGUGAUCAUCGCAGGAGAUGGAUAAGGAAAUAAGUUGGAUAGUAUUUCUUAAUAGGAAGUACCUUGAAUGGAUGGAGAGAACGAGAUACACAGAAAUAAGUACAUCAUUACAUUAUUUAUACCUAGUUGAUUGUUUUUAUAAACUCUAACAUACUGUCAGGCAAUGCAUACUUUUAUAACAAAGUUACUUGCUAAACUUUGGCCUGCAUAGUUUUUAAAUCUUUAGCAAAUACAAAGAUGGCACUUGAUGAUUGAAUUAGAAGUUGAAGUGGAUCUGGUAAGUAAUCAGUCAUAAGAUGUACUAAUUACAGCAAGUGUGAAAAUGUGCUCUUAUAUAGAUUUUGUUUAAAUAAAUUUGUCUUAAGGAGUACACAGGAUACAAACAUUAUCACAACAUGUAUUUUAAAGGCUGUUGAAAUCUUUUUAAAUGGUUUGAAACCUUGAGUGGAGAUUUUAUUCCCAGACAGUUAUUCUGAUAGAGAUGUUUUAACCCUGAAAAUCAGGGUUGCUUCUCAUUUCAAUUAUUCCCCUACUUGAGUUAACUCACUUCCCUUACCCAUUUUAAGUUUUGUACAAAAGUAUGGAAUAUUGCCUUCUAGUGGCUGUCUAGCAUGUUGCGUUCACUUUGAUCAAUAAAAAGGAAAUACAGAGAAGAAAGGAGGAAAGGAAUUAUCGGACUACUUAAAAUGCAUACAAGACAGCAUCAUAAACAAUAUUUAGUUAUUUGGGUAUAUUAUGAGUGUACCUAAGUAAAGAGCAUCUUUCAUAUUUCUAAAGAACAAAACAAUAUUAUUCGUUGGUCCAACUUUUGUGCACCAUCAUUUACAUGCUUAAUCAGUGAUCUCUUGAUUGAACUUUUUAUUAUUGUUCUAACUUACCACUGAUUAUGCCUGCACAUGUACUGGUAACAGAAGAAAUACAAAGUAAAAUGGCCUAAUAUAAUGGAUUUAUUUAUUUGUUUGAUUGAUGGAUUUAUUGGUUGUAAUUUUUUUUAUUUAACUUAAAAACAUUGAAAUGCACUGUACAUCGGCUUUCUCCAUCAUGUGAAUGUUUGAAUGAAUGUAUUUUAUGUCCAAAUAGAUGUCCACAUCACAUACAGUGGGGACAUGAAAAUGGAGUCACACAGGAAACCUAGAAUGUGUAACAUACCUAGAUAUUAUAUCAAAAUGACUGCGGACCUAGAAGCAUUCUUACUAUCCCAAUGCCAGGGACUUUACAUAUUACCUUUCAACUUGCAAGAAAAAGAUCACAGUGCUUUUAUUUGAAAGAGCAGCUAUGCCUAAGAUCCAUUAGGAUCCAACUCCACACCAACACGUUUGGCCUUUCUGUCCUUGUACUGUCAUACUGUACACAGUCUUCAGAUUUCCUAAGAUUAAAAUGUAUUUAACACAAGGGGACUGACUGUAAAUCUUCAUGGACAUGUAUUUCUUACUCAUAGACUGUGCUCAGCACAUUCCCAAUUGUCUUUCACAGGAGAAUUCCUCACUGAAUGUCUCUCCUUUCUUUUUCUUGAUGACAUGAUUUUGAAAAGAUGGUUUUGAUGGUUUAGUCUACGUGUUGAUACAAUAUAUACUGCAUGAAUAAUUGCCAAUAACAUAGCUCAGCGGGCUAACGCAGUCUGGAUGUUUGGUUUUCAGUCAUUAGUGGCAAAAAUACAUUUUUGAUGAACAUGAUAUGUUUCCCCUCACGAUACACGUCCUUAGUUUCUUGUGUGUACAUGUAAUCAGGUUCCAUAAUGAGUAGAAAAAAACAUGUGUCCUCUGUUUGACGCAGGAAUCAAACCCAGAAUGUGCUAUUGAAUAGAUCAAGCAAUGUCAGUUAGACCCUGGCUUUGUUAAAAUGCUUCCAAACUAAUGUAUAUACGUAUAUUUUGCUGAAACUAUGAUAUGGUUUCAGAAUACAGUGUCUUUAUUUAUCGUGGAUGUAUGUAUUUUAGGACAGAGGAUGAAAUAAAUGUAUCUAGGUUGGUC